GCUUCAGCGGCAGCCACCACCUUCCUGAUAACUCGCCCUCUCACCUUCCUGCAGAAGCAUGGAGCUCGGGUGCCCUGAGCUGCCGGAGCCCCCAGAAGAUAUCUUCUCGACGGGAUCCUUCCUGGAGCUGGGAUUCAACGGUCCCCCGUCAAAGGGCCUUGAGAAGCGUGAACCUGACGAUUUCCUCAACCUCCUUAUCGAUCCCAAUAUGAUAUACUGCUCAGAAACAUCUCCUGGUAGUGACAGCGGGGUCCCUGAAGAUCCUGGCUCCCCUGCCACACAGGCUCCCAGUUCCCCUGCCCUCUAUGAGGUUGUCUAUGAGGCAGGGGCCCUACAGGGAACACAGCAGGAAGCUGGGCCAGCCUUCGGACUCAUCUCCAUCCAGAUAGAUCAGUGGAGCCCUGCAUUUAUGGUACCUGAAGCCUGUGCAGUCAGCGGACGGCCCUCUGAUGUUCACAGACAUAUCCUGCCUAGAGUCGGCACCUUAGCCCCAGCACCUCCUACGGCCCGGCUGUCCUACCAGCAGCUGUUCCUGACAGAUGAGGAAAAGCAUCUGCUGGGGCAAGAAGGGGUUACUCUGCCCUCUCACCUGCCCCUCACCAAGGCAGAGGAGAGAAUACUCAAGAAGAUCAGGAGGAAAAUCCGCAACAAGCAGUCAGCCCAGGACAGCCGGCGGCGGAAGAAAGAGUACAUUGAUGGGCUGGAGAGCAGAGUGGCAGCCUGUUCUGAGCAGAAUCAGAAACUACAGAGAAAGGUGCAGGAGCUGGAGAGGCAGAACGUCUCCUUGGUGGCACAGGUCCACCAGUUACAGAAGCUCACUGCUCAGACCUCCAGCAGAGCCGCCCAGACCAGCACCUGUGUCCUGAUUCUUCUUUUUUCACUGGCUCUCAUCAUCCUGCCGAGCUUUAGCCCCUUUCAGGGUCAACCGGAAGCUAGGCCUGAGGGUUAUCAGCUUCAUGGAGUGAUUUCCAGAAAUAUCUUGACUCAUGAGGACGUGACAGAAAGCCGGGAGAGUCCAGGGCUAAAGUCCAAAGUGGAGGAGCUACCUGAAGACCCAGCUGCAAAUGGUUCAACAAAGACACAUCUGAAGAUGCGAGCGAAGGCCAGGCCCACUGGGCCGAUCAGGGGAAUGGUGCGUGCAGAUGAGAUGUAAGCCCAGCAUUUCCCGUCACACAAGACUCCACACGGGCUCCCCUGCCGCCUGCCAUCAGGGGUUCCCACUGAGGAAUCCACAGCCCUAGUGCUCUGACUCACUCAGGACACAACCGGAGAUUUCUGUCCCCUAAAGCCACGUUUGCUUAUCUGGCAGGGCACCUCAAAUACUUGUCAUACAUUUGUGAUUUCACUUUUCUUUGUGUUUAAGAUCAAAGGGAAACAAGUUUUGACUUGGA